AUGCUUCGGGACGCCUGGUUGUUGCUGGUCCAUCCUCUGGGGCUGAUCCAGCUCUGCGCGACAGCGGCGUCUGCAGAGGAUGCAUGCAUGCCAGAGAAGGAGCUUCAGGCCUGCGCUUCUUGGCCGGUCGCGGCUGACUCGGAAGCGCUCAGCAGCUUCCUUCAGGUGGGUUUGGAGACCCACACGCAGGAGCCCCGAAGCGAGCACCUCUUGGCGGAUCUCUUGCGCGAGCUUCUCGCUGCGAAGGCGAUAGACCGAAGCCAGUCGCUGGCAAGAAGCCCGGCGCAGGCAUCGUCGCUUCUGCUUGCGCUGGAGAACAUCAGCAACUGCACAGUUGCCGUCUGCUACGCCCUUAGCGUGGCUGUUCUAUGCUUCAUCUGCUUCCGGGGGCUGCCAAAGAAGCAGCCCCAACACGCCAGUGUCCGACGCGGGGGCUCUACCAGUCUGGUGGUCUUCCUGGGCACCGUCUACGCGUUUGCCUAUUUUGCCACAGACCAGUAUGUGCCGAGCAUGCCGCAGAUGGAGGUGGACCUGCACGGCUCCCAAACGAUGCUGAGUGCGACGGUGCAGCUGAACCUGGUUGUGAAGGCCGUUUUUGGGGUGCUUUCCGCCAGUCUCUCCGACCGAAUUGGCCGCAAGCCGGUCCUGCUGGUGGGCACGAUGCUUCUUUCGGUGGCGAGCUUUUGCUGUGGCUGUGCUGGUCGCAUCGAAUGGUUCUUAGCGGCUCGGGUGCUCCAGGGCAUGGGCGAGAGCGUGGAGCCCGUCGUCUUUGCCAUGGCCAGGGACUUCUUCCCGCAGAGGGAGGAGCGCUUCCUGAUGGUGGCGGCCAUGAAGAUGCUGUCCUUCGUCGGCAUCGCCCUCGCUCCGUUUGUGGGCGGGCUUUGCGCCGAAUUCUUCAGCUGGCGUGUCACCUUCUUUGGCUUAGCAGUGGUGUGGGCUUUGCUGUUCCUCUACGCUGUCUUCGCGGUGGAGGAAAGCGCCCCUGAUAUCGAGGUGCGGAGCUACCUGAGCGAUAUCUCCCAGAUUCUGGACCCACAUUUGCUGAUCUUGCUCCUGGCCGAAAGCUUCAUCUUCGGUGGCUACUUCUCCUUCACAGCCAACAUCAGCUACCUCAUGGAGGUGGACUUCGGCUUUCCGAUCCUCUCCUCGUCCUUUUGCCUCCUGGGCUUUGCGGUGCUUUGCGGCGCGGGCACCUUCUGCGUGGAGAGGCUUCGUCUGAGCAGAGUUCUCGACACGGCAAAGGUUGCACUGACUGGGAUGGGCUUCGCAGGCCUUGUUCACCUAUGUCUUGGCAUGCUCCUUCCUGGAUACCUCGGGUCGUACCUGACGGGCACGGCGCUGCAGGCCUUCUUUAACAUGAUCUGCGCCGUGUCCUGCAACGUGCUGCUGCUCGAGCCGCUGGCAAGCUGCGCCGGCAUGGCCGCCUCGUGCGAGAUCCUGGCCAUGAGCAUUCUGCCAUCGGCCAUCUCCAUCUUCGCCACCCAACGCUUGAUCCAACAAGGGCCGAUUGGUCUCAUCAUGGUGCAGGCCACUUCCUGCUUCUGUGCCGGCCUGGUCUUCUGGCUAGGAUACGCCUCUUCGCCCCCGGCUUGGACGCUCGAGACCGAGGCUCCGCGGAAGGCGCCGCCGAAGCUGCCGAUUUCCUCCUCACUCAGUAGGCUGGAUCUCAGCCAGGAUUUCUUUCGCGAGACGUCGCCGGUGAGCAUGUACCUCCGCAGGCAGGUGAGCCUCUGA